UUUCACACCUCAUACUCUACUCACGGCACACACACACACAGCAGCAGCAACACAGCACACACUGCUGGCUAUACUUGACUGUACUAUCCGUAUAGACAUUUAUUACGUUCAUCUCCACCCAGUCCGCAAAGUCUUUAACUGGGAAAAUUUCUUUUUGGAAAAAAGAAAUAUUUCUACAGUGUGGAAAUUCAUUUUUGGGCUACUGUAGUUACCGGCGAACUAAUGUUUAAGUAACUCAAUUAAUCAGUUCAGAAGAGCCGGUGUGUUGGCUGUCUAAUUUCGUGCGUCCGCCCCUGUUUUUAUCGUCGGUCAUUUAACUGUUUUCAUUGGUCAGAUUUUGCGGUGCUUCAAAGUUCGACAAUUUGGGUGGUGAGACAGCAGUGCAUGCGGUUCGGCGGAUGUUUGUUAGUGCUGAUAGUAAUCGACGAGUCAGAGAUUUUUGUUGAUUCUUCUUGAAUUUGAUGUGCACGCCGUGACACUUUCAGCGCCAGCAGCGAUGAUUCAUAUGAAUUUCCGGUUGAUUCAAUGGGUUGCUGUCACCCUCUUCAUUUACCAGCUGCCUCGUGGAGUAGAGGGGAUCCAAUUGCUGCAAGUUUCGGUGCCCAGCGUGAUCCAGGCCGGAGAAGGAGCGGCCCUGCUCUGCGACGUCGACAUGGAGAACGAGCGACUCUACUCCGUCAAAUGGUACAGGGGUGACGAAGUGGAGUCGGUCGAGUUCUUCCGAUUCGUCCCCAGAGAAACGCCGCAAUUAAUCGUUUACAAUUUGCCCGGCAUCAACGUUAACAAAACCUUGUCAGAUUGGCAACGCGUUUACCUGUCGCGGGUGAGUUUGGCCAGCACUGGUAACUACAGAUGUGAGGUGUCUGCUGAAGGCCCCAGUUUCUCCUCCGUCAGCGGCAGUGGUCACAUGGAGGUGGUAGUACUUCCUAAAAAGAAACCGACCAUAACAGGAGGGAAGAAUAGUUACAAAGCCGGUGAUUUAGUCGACGUCAACUGCACUUCGGCCGCCUCGAAACCGGCAGCCAACAUCCGUUGGUACAUAAACGACGAGAGGAAGCCUAAUGCCAAUUAUAUUCGGCAAUACAAAUCCGUGUCUGGCGAUGACGGCUUAGAGACGACGACGCUCGGCUUAACCUUCGAAGUUCACGAAUCGCAUCUGCAAAACGAGGGGAAACUGACGCUGCGCUGUGUCACUUCCGUCAAUUCCUUUCCGUCGGACAACUCUCACCACAACAACAACCAGUACCACAGCAACAGCAAUAAUAAUCCGCCGCCGGCAGCUUCCACCGCGUCGCUGGGCGGCUACGAGACGAACGACGGCGGGAGGACCAGCCCGCCCGAACACUUCUACAACCCGUUGAUCAUCGAAACAAUGUCAAUGAGUUCGGAAGUUCGAUUUGAAGCGUCUAGUGGAUCCAUCUCGUCAAUUCCUUUCCGCCCACGGUGGAUGGGCCCGAUUUGUGUGCUGGUGGCAGCCGUGGCCAACGGAAUCCUUCGUCUCCCUAGGUCCUUGUUGUAGAAGAUCUCCUCUCCCCUCAACUUCUAUGUGUGUAUAACCGCGUCAUAAACAGCACGUGUCUCAUGAAAACUUUCUCAAGAAAAAACCCUCCUCCCCCCCACCAAAAAAACACAAAAAAAAACACAAGAAAUUCUGUAUUGUUUUCGGCAUAUUCUGCUUGAUGGUUGGCCCCGAAUCUCUCACACACACAUACAUCUACUUUAGUAACCCAAAAAUGCAUCUCCGCUGUUCACUAAUAUAUAGACACCAUCUCAUUCACUGUCGUCUACUAUAUACGUAUAUAUACCCACCACACACUCUAUAUAUUGCAUUCCGUUGCAUUCACAGUUUCAUCCUGUUCAUGAUCCGUCUCUAUAUACCCUUCUCUCUCAUUCUUUGCCGUUUUCUCUCAUCUAUUACUUGCUCUCUCUCGUCUCUCUAUCGUCUCUGCUCUCUUGUAUAUGUAGUUGUGUUGUAUCUAUGUCUAUCUCCUUAAAUCUGUACAUAUACAGUUCUGAUCCUCCGCAACUUUGCUUCCCAAUUGAUAUCUAAUCUCCGGAAUGAUGAUACCGUACCUAUACGACUGCUGCUGAUGGAUGCUGAAGGGCGGCGUGUGAAUUUCAGCUGGCGGCAAACACGCGCCGUGUGCACGUCUCCUCGUCUCGUCUCGCCGCUAUUGCUCGGAUGAAAUGUUAUAUAAUACCAGAGAGAGAGCGAGAGAGAGAGAGAGAGAAUAACCAGAUAAUCAUUCGCCCAAAUUGCGACAGAAAUUUUCUCCAAAUUUCAGAGUUUAAUUCGCCCUUCUAAUAAAUAUCUCCGCCCCCUUACAACCAAUUUUUUUGUUUUUGUUUUCAAGAAUCUCCUUUACAUAUGCAUUUCCUUCUCGUUUUUAUUAAAACUGCACUCAUCGCAUUGGUAUAAUUAACACACGAAGCAAACAUUUUGUCGCGGCCUGUUUCGCAUUUAAUUGAGUACCCGGCUGCUAAAUAUUGAAUAUCUGUGUUGUUAGUGGUUAGUGGAUUAUAUAACCCCUUUUAAAAUAAGUAUUUCGUUCGUAUACAAGCAAUUCGUAUGAUGAGAGUGCAUGGUGAUGUGCGAGAUGCAAUAUAGGAUGUUACUUUGA